AUCGCCCCAUUCGUCCUAGGCCAGCGCUGUCCUUCUCCCGCCAUCCUCUAUUUACUUCGUCUGGUACCGCUUCAAUAAGUUCCAGCUCAACCCCUUACCAUCAUGUCUUCUACCGAAACCGCCUCCCCCAUUGGCAUUGCCAACCUUCCCAACCAGCGACACAAGAUCGUUGCUAAGCGUGGUGCUGCUUUCACGAUUAUGGUUGCUGGAGAAUCUGGCUUGGGAAAGACCACCUUCAUCAACACUUUGUUCUCCACAACUAUCAAGAACUACGCCGAUCACAAGCGCCGUCAUCAGAAGCAGGUCGACCGAACUGUUGAGAUUGAGAUCACCAAGGCGGAGCUUGAGGAGAAGUUCUUCAAAGUUCGCCUGACUGUUAUUGAUACCCCCGGCUUCGGAGACUAUGUCAACAACCGCGACUCCUGGCAACCAAUCAUUGAAUUCCUCGACGACCAGCAUGAAUCCUACAUGCUGCAAGAGCAGCAGCCCCGCCGCUCCGAUAAGAUUGAUAUGCGUGUGCACGCUUGCUUGUACUUCAUCCGCCCUACUGGACACACCCUGAAGCCUUUGGACAUUGAGGUCAUGAAGCGCCUCAGCUCCCGUGUCAACCUCAUCCCCGUCAUCGCCAAGGCCGAUACCCUGAGCCCUACCGACUUGGCCCGUUACAAGCAGAGAAUCCGUGCCGUCAUCGAGGCCCAAGGUAUCAAGAUCUACACUCCCCCGAUCGAGGAAGACGACGAGCACGCCGCUACCCAUGCGCGCAGCCUCAUGGCCGCCAUGCCCUUCGCAGUUAUCGGAUCGGAGAAGGACGUCAAGACCAGCGACAACCGCGUUGUCAAGGGUCGCCAAUACGCUUGGGGUGUUGCCGAAGUUGAGAACGAGGAUCACUGCGACUUCAAGAAGCUGCGCUCGAUCCUAAUCCGCACUCACAUGCUGGACCUUAUUCACACUACCGAAGAACAACACUACGAAGCGUACCGUGCGCAACAGAUGGAAACUCGCAAGUUCGGCGAGGCUCGCCCCAGAAAGCUCGACAACCCCAAGUUCAAGGAAGAGGAAGAGAAUCUGCGCAAGCGUUUCACCGAGCAGGUCAAGGUUGAGGAACAGCGAUUCCGCCAGUGGGAGCAGAAGCUUAUUUCGGAGAGAGACCGUCUCAACAAGGACUUGGAGGCUACACACGCUGCUAUCAAAUCUCUCGAGCAGGAGAUCGAGUCACUGCAGGGCUCUUCCACUCGGAGCCACGGACGUCGUUGAGAUACUUCAGGACUGGCUUCGACUGUGAAUCGGGCGGAAGGAAAAGCAGACGAACUGUGACCUCUACGCGACUAAUAUCUUUACAUCUGACUACCCCUUCAACUCUCUUCUUUUCAUGUUGAUUUUCGGAUUUUUUUGUGCUCAGGGGGACUACACGUCUCGAGCCGUGACGCCCAACACGGACCGGUUUGUUCGUUCUUCUGAUUUUCCUUCUGGUAACUAGCGAUGGUUUGACUACAUCUUCGAUAAUAACCCACUUGUACUUCGUAGCAUGUCAAUACAGAUU